AUCGAUCAGUUUGUCCCGUGAUUGCUGAUCUACUCCGUAUCUUUGGGUAUCUGUGCUUGUACGACAUAUUAUGAGAUGCCGCAAAGAUGAAAUGAAAAAUUAGUUUGUAUGUAUACUCUUCAUUAUGACUGCAAAAUCAAUUUUAGUUACAGGUGCAUCAAGAGGAAUAGGCAGAGCGGCAGUGAUAGAAUUAAUUAAAAAAUUUAAUAAUAAUGUUGUAGCAAUAUCACGUACGGAAAAAGAUCUAAUAGAAUUAAAACAAUAUGUUGAAAAUGAUUUAAAUGGAAAAGGUAAAAUUGAAAUUGUUAUUGGAGAUGUUACAGAGGAACGAGUUAUUAAUGAAGCAAUUGAAAAAUCUGUUAAAACGUGGGGAAAAUUGGAUGGUGUUAUUGCAAAUGCUGGAACCCUUUCAAUUGGUACUGUGGCUAAUACUGAUAUUGAUGAAUGGAAGAGAAGUUACGAUGUAAAUUUCUUUUCGAUAGUAAAUUUAAUUAAAAAAUCAUUGGUACAAUUGAAACAAAAUAAAGGGGUUUUUGUUUCUGUGUCAUCUGGAGCUGCUACUAACGAAUAUUAUGGAUGGGCUGCAUAUAGCACCACUAAAGCAGCACUUAAUAUGUUAACAACUACAUUUGCAUUAGAGGAACCUGAUGUUGUAGCAAUAUCAAUUCGUCCUGGAGUUGUUGAUACUGAUAUGCAAAAACUUAUACGUGAAAAAGGAAUGGAAAUGGGAAUGAAUAAAUCUGAACAUGAUAAAUUUAUAAGUCUGUAUAAAUCAAAUAAUUUGGUUCCUGCUGAUCAACCAGCUCAUAUCCUCGCUUCUUUGGCUUCUUGUGCUGGUGAAAAAAUUGAUACUAUUAAAUCCUUAAGUGGUAAAUUCUUAAGUUGGGAUGAUCCGAUAAUGAUCUCUCAUAGAAAAAAUUAAUUUAGUAUAAUAUAUUAAUUAAGUUAUAACUAAAUAAUUUUUUUUUACCAUUUAAUUAUCUAAAUUUUUUUUUUGGUAAUUAUUAAUUGCAAAAGUUACGGUAUAUAAAGAUAUAAAUCAUCAGUAAUUUUAAGAAGUACUAGUGUUGGCACUUUAAUUUUAGCUUUUAGGGUUAAAAAUAUGUCUUGUAUUUUUUUUAACAAAAAGCUAUAAAAGAAUUAUAUAGUAAAAGAAAAAUGAUAGCAAUAAUUUAAUAGUAAAUUUAUUUAAUUGUUGUAAUAUAUUGAUAUAAUUGAAACAAUUAAUUUUUAUUGUUCAAUAGACUCAUGUUAUUUGGCUAAACUACUGUAUUGCAACUAAG